AUGAUCGAGAUAACCACCAUCGGAGUGGUGGGUGGCGGCCAAAUGGGCUCCGGAAUAGCCCAAGUCGCCGCCGUGCACGGCUUAGACGUUUGGCUUCACGACACCGACGCCGAUGCUCUCACCAGAGCCCAAAAAUCAAUAUCCACUAAUAUUCAGCGGCUCGUCUCCAAACGUCAACUCUCUCAGGCAGUAGGAGCUGAUGCUCUGGGGCAUCUACGAUAUACCUCGAAUUUGGAAGAUCUUUGUGCUGCGGAUCUUGUUAUUGAAGCCAUUGUGGAAAUAGAGGAUGUGAAGAAGAAGUUAUUUGCUGAACUAGAUAGGAUUAUAAAAGGUUCUGCGAUUUUGGCAUCUAAUACAAGUUCCAUCUCUAUUACCCGCUUAGCGUCUGCAACAAGCAGACCACAUCAGGUUUCUUUUAGAAUACUCGAGAGAAACAUUAAUUCUUGUGCUAUUAAAGUUGUUCGCUUUGCUGAUUCAAUGUUUGCUAUUUUUAGGUUUUUGCAUAAAAAAGAUUAAGUAGGAUAUAAAAUGGAAGUUUCAAACCUAAUCACAGAAGUUCAUUCUUUACUUUCUUUAAUGCUAUAGUAUAAGAUGAAGUUUUAUACCGUGGAUCUCAAUUAGCUAUUUUUGACAGCACAAUUUCUUCAGUAGAGUUGCUGAUGUUACAUAUUGAAUGUACUCUUAUUCCUGCAAUAUGAAAUGUGGACGUUUACGUGAUUUGUUAUACCUAUUUCCCCAGUUUUUUAGUCUUCUGCCCUUACUAAUACAGGAAAAACCAAAAAAAAAAAAAAAAGAAUACCAAGAUGGAUGGAUGUCAUCAUUUAGGUGGGACUUCAAUACCUGCCUCACUGAUGCAUCUAAUGUGUUAGAAUUGAUCAACCGAGAUAAGAAAAAGAGAGUAGCAAAGAGAAUGAGAGAAAUUAUUAUUAGACUUAAAACAAGUCUGUUAUUCUCAUUAAUAUAGAAGUACACAAAAUAAGGCUUAUAUAGUAGGGCAACACAAUAUAAAAAAAAUGCAUAAACAGCCCUUAGUAUUAAACUCUAAUAUUCCCACUCAAACUUAUGAUGUUGCGGAAAACAUCAAGAGUUUGCCAAGUAGAAAUAAAAAACGUGUUAUGGUGUGAGAUUUCGUAAAGAAAUCCUUUAUCCGGAUGGUGGAAGGAAGAAAUGGGAGAGUGAUGGUGUCCUGCUGAAGAUAAUGACGCACAAAAUGACAAUCAAUCUCAAUGUGCUUUGUGCGUUCAUUGAAGAUCUAGUUGUGAGCAAUCUGAAUAGCACUAAUGUUGUCGCAGAAUAUAGGAGUAGGAGAAGGUAUCGAAAUGCCAAGAUCAACAAGAAGCCAUUGUUACCAGACUAUCUGUGUUACAUGCCAUAGCACGAUACUUGACCUCAGCAGAAGAGCGAGCAACAACAGUUUGUUUCUUGCAUUUCUGGAAAAUAAGAGAAUCUCUAAGAAAAAGAUAAAAACCAGUGGUGGACUUGCGAUCCAUAAAAUCACCAACCUAAUCAACAUCGGAGUAAGCCUCGAGUUCUAUAAAUGAGGAGUGAGAAAAUAAUAAACUUUGAUGUAGAGUACCACAGAGAUAUUGAAAAAUACGAAGAACAACAGUCCAGUGAAAAUUAAUCAGUGACGCGACAAACUGACUCACAAUAUGAACAACAUAAAAGAUAUUCGGACGAGUGAUUGUAAGAUAUAUUAAACUCACAGCAAUAGUGCAAUAGAGAUUAGGGUCAAACAAAGAAAUACCAUCAGAAGAAGAGUAAUAAACAUUGAGCUCUAAUGGUGUUUCAACUGCCUCAUUAUCUGAUAAAUAGGCUCGUUGAAUAACAUCCAAGGUAUACUUGGACUGAAAGAGAAUAUAAACUUUAGGAGAGGAAACAAUCUCAAUGCCUAAGAAAUAACUAAGUUACUCCAAAUCCUUCAUCUUAAAAUAAUCCUGCAGUUGGAUUUUCAAUAAGCAUAUACCAGCAGUAUCAUCAUCCGUAAUAAUCAUAUCAUCAACAUAUAAUAAAAGAAUAAUAAAAUCGGAGGAAGUAGACCGUAAAAAAGAGAGCAGAAUCAUGGUCACUGGCGUGAAAAUCCAAGUCACAAAUAACUGAAAAAAAUUUGGUAAACUAUGUCCUGAGAGUCUGUUUAAGGCCAUAUAAAGAUCGGUGAAGUUGACAUACUUGAGCAAGACUAUGAGACAAGCUAGGAUGAGUCAUAAUUAUCUCUUCACUUAAAUCUCCAUGAAGAAAGACAUUUUUCACAUUCAUCUGAGACAAACUCCAUUGCCGAAUGGUAACAAUUGCAAUCCUGGUGCGAACAGUGGUCAUCUUCACAACAGGAGCAAAAGUUUCAUCAUAGUCUAGACCAUACUCCUGAGUGAAAUCUUUGACUAUUAAUUGACCUUUAUACCGUUUCACAGAAUCAUCAGACUUGAUUUUGAUCUUAUAAACCCACUUACAACCAAUUGUGUGUUUACUAGGUGGUAAAGGCUCUAACUCCCAAGCUCUAGUCUUAUGUAAAACAGACAACUCAUCAUUCAUAGCCCGUUUCUAAAGUGGAUCAGGUAAAGCCUCUUUGUAGAAGGUAAGUUCAGAUAGGGAGUGAAUAGAAGUAAGAAAAGAACAAAAGGCAGAAGAAUAACAAGUGUUACUCUAACUAAACCUGUCUGGACAUUUGCGAGAUCGCUGAGGAUAGCGUAAGGUAUGACCUACAGUGUUUGAACCUGAUUAGGUGGUAAGAGGAGAAGGGAAAGACACGGCAUCUGUAGAGGAGAUAGUUGGAGUUCUGCGAACAUAUUUAUACACAAUAGGGGGAUGAGGGACAGUCAACUUAGUGGGGGAAGAAUCUGACACAGUAAAUCACCAGCAUAUGUAUCAUGAGGUACAUCAACAGAAAAUGGAUCAAUGUAUAGCAGAUUAGAUUUAUUCAAUGGGGAACAACUAGAUGGAAUUGAAAAGAAUGGAAUAUACUCCAUAAAAACAUGGCAAGAGACAUAAAAUUUGUGGGUAACAGGAUCAUCGCAACGAUACCUUUUUUGACUUUCACCAUAUAAAGAUGAAUGAGAAGAAAGUUUUGUACGAAGUACACUAGGGAGCAAAACAAAGCAAGUACAACCAAAAACAAGUAAAGAAAAAUAGCUAGGCGGUUUACCAUUCAAUUUUUCAAAUAGGGAGAUGUCUGAAGUGAGAAUAGUAGGAAUGCAGUUGAUCAAAUGAACUGUUGUAAGAAUUGCUUCCUCCCAAAAUGAAUUAGGAACAUGUGCUGAUAAUAAAAAGGAGUAGGUUAUCUCAAGAAUAUGUCAGUGUUUAUGUUCGGCAACACCAUUCUGCUCAGGUGUGUCAGUGCAAGAGGAUUGAUAUAGUGUACAUCAUUU